AUGACGGAUUUAAUGAGCUCUCUACCGUGGAAAAUGCGAGCAUUUUGCGGAGUAUUUCUAUUCAUGUCGUUAUCUGUUAGCGGGCUUCUUCGAUACUCCAUUUCAGAGGAACUGGAGCGUGGCGCCUUUGUUGGAAACAUUGCGCGAGAUUUGAGGCUAGAUGUUGCGGAGCUUUCGGCUCGCAAUUUUCGGAUUGUCUCUCAGCAUAAAGCAAAAUAUGUGGAUGUGAAUAUGCAAACAGGAAUAUUGGUCGUAAAUAAGGAAAUAGACAGGGAGGAGCUAUGCGAUCAAACCCUUGAAUGUUUAAUGAAAUUGGAGGCGGUAAUGGAAAAUCCGCUGAAACUCUAUGGGAUUAACAUUGAAAUUUAUGAUAUAAAUGACAAUUCGCCUGUCUUUGAUACACCGGAAUACUCCUUGAAUAUUUCAGAAAUGACGUCUCCAGGGACUCGCUUCAGGCUGCAGAAUGCGCAUGAUCUAGAUGCCGGCACAAACAGUGUCCGUGCCUAUCAGCUCAGUCACAGUGAGCAUUUCAUUUUGGACGGGGAAAUAGCUAAUAUGCAAAUCAGUACGCCAGAACUAGUGCUUGAGCGACCAUUGGACCGAGAGCAACAAUCAACUCACCGGCUAACGCUGAUGGCGAUUGAUGGAGGAACUCCUCAAAGAACCGGAACUACGAACAUUAUUAUCUCGGUACUUGAUGUAAAUGAUAACAUGCCAGUUUUUGAACAGAACGUUUAUCAGAUCAGCAUUGCAGAGGAUGCACCAAUUGGUGUUCUGACGCUAAAAGUUAAGGCCGUUGACGUAGACGAAGGUCUGAAUGGCGAUGUGAAAUAUUAUUUCAGCGACAAUACUCCAGAGAGUGUAAAACAACUAUUCACGGUGGAUUCUGAAACUGGAGAGCUACGAGUAAUUGGUAGCCUGGAUUUUGAAGAAACGCGAGAUUAUAUUAUUUCUAUUAAAGCUACAGACGGCGGACCUUUUGCUGUGCCCGGGUACUGUAAAGUUAUUAUCAAAAUUACCGAUGUAAAUGACAACGCUCCUGAAAUAACAAUAACCUCCACGUUCAGUCCAAUCCGAGAACACGCGCCGCUAUCAACUGCAGCAAUUCUUUUAAAAGUGACAGACGCAGACACUGGUCAGAAUGGAAAGGUUUCGUGUCACGUUACAGAUAAUAUUCCCUUUAAGCUGGAUAGAUCUUUUAGUAGUUAUUUCACAGUGUCCACCACCAGUGACAUAGAUAGGGAGAAAAAUACUGACUUCAAUAUCACUAUUACAUGCACAGAUGCAGGAGUCCCUCGACUCCACACCAGUAAAACCAUUCAAGUUGAGAUCUCCGAUAUAAAUGACAACGCACCACGCUUUACGCAAGCCGAGUUUACCAUAUAUGUGGAGGAAAACAAUAUUAAGGGAGCUUAUAUUGGUUCUAUAUCAGCAUGUGACCCUGAUUAUAACCAUAACGCAGAAAUGAGUUUUUAUAUUUUGGAUGAGCUUAUCAAUGGAUUUCCUAUUUUAAACAUCGUCUCGAUCAAUUCAUCUACUGGUGAAAUCUAUGUGCAACAGUCACUUGAUUAUGAGCAAGUCAAAAAGUUUCAGGUCCACGUUCAAGUAAAAGAUGCUGGGUCACCGCCGCUCAGUAGUAACGCAACAGUGAACAUAGUCGUUACAGAUCAGAAUGACAAUGCCCCUGUAAUCCUUUCUCCUUUACCCAAUAAGGAUUCCGCAGUAGAGGAGGCCAUACCUAAAUCUGCAGAUUCGGGUUACUUGCUCGCAAAGGUGAUAGCCACAGACGCAGAUUCUGGACAAAACGCCCAAAUUGUCUAUCAGCUUCUCCAGCCAACUGACAACAGUUUGUUUACUAUAGCUCCUGAAACAGGAGAAAUUUGGACAAUUCGCCGGUUAUUGCUUAAAGAUUCGUUCAGGCAAAUUGUUACAGUUUUAGUCAGGGACAAAGGAACACCAUCACUUUCAUCUACAGUUAUCAUCCAGGUAACAGUGCAGGACAUCACGACAGAAAAUAUAUCUAAAGUAAGCAAAGCGACAUCUUCUGGGUCAUGGGAAGCAGGUGUAAAGUUAUAUUUAAUUAUUUCAUUUGGGGCAACGUCAUUCAUUUUACUUUUGGCUAUUGUAGUCCUCUGCGUUAAGGCGCAGAGAAGUGGAAUAGAAAUUAAUAGUUGUCGCUGGAAUCCGUCACGUUAUUCCAAGAGGAAUUCUCCAAUUGGAAGUCAAAAAGCAAGUAUGAAUCUGCAAGUACCACCUAAGUAUAAAGCUGGCUAUGAAAGCAAAGGCCCACUACAAUCGUUUUUCCAUGAUGUGCAUCCAGACGCAACUAACAAUGAUUUCAUAUUUCUAAACCUGGACGGUAAAGCCACCCCAGUAAUUAAUAUGAAGACUAGGUUUUGUGCCAAUGGGAAGUCCUCUAACAGUUCCAGCAGUGCGACCACCGAACUUCACGAGGUGAGUACUCUAUAG